AUGUGUUCCACUGUCGGCGAGACAAAUACAUAUUCUUCUACUUCAUUAUCAACAUUGAAUUCAAAUCCAUCUUUUAACCAUAAAGAUAGAUUUCAACCUUCUCCAAGGGAAAAUGAGUGUCUCUCUCAUACGACGACGUUACUAUCUUCAACAUCUUCCGUUAGUUUAAAAAAUAACCCUACUACAAAUCCAAAUAAUAAUAUUAUUACUCCUGAAGCAGACGAAGAUAACAAUGACGAUGAUGAUAUAAAAGAAUUAUUGAAAUUCUUGAAUGAAUCAACUCAUGCUUAUACUUAUAAUCCAAUGUCACCAAAUUCUCUAAGUGUUAGAUUGACUAUAUUGAAAAGAUCAUUAGAGAUAAUGAUUAAAAAUCCUGAAAUGCUGAAAACUCCAAAAACGGCAGAAAGAAUAAGACGUAAUACAUUAAUUCCUCCUUCUCCACCUUCAUUGUCAUAUUGUAAUGAUAAGAAUAAUAGUAUAUCUGACGAUGAAAAAUCAUCAACACAUUCGAAAACUUUAUCUGAUAACAUUGAAUCAAAUAAUAAAACGUCAAUACCCAAUCCUGACUUUUUUAAUGAUAUUGAAAAGAAUGAACAACCAAUACUAAUACCGACACCUCAAUCGCCAGAGAGAACAGUCCCUUUAAUGACCUUAUUGCAAUCCAAGAUACCCACUACAACGACGAGCACAACUGAUAAUAAUGACAUUGAUAUUGACAUUGAUGUACCCUUGAAACCAGUCAAUAUAACUUACUCCUCAUUUUAUUCUAAUCAAUUGGAAAGUCAAUCAACUGAACUUAUGAAUACCCAAAAAUCAAAUAUUGAAAAUUUAUUACAAUUCUUAAACGAAACGCUGGAAAAUAAUACUUCUGAACGAGCAUCUGAUUUACAUAACAUUUCAUUAUUGAAUGUGAACAAAUUACUAUUACCAUCCAAUAACGUUAACGAUGAAUCAGAAGAAGAACAAUCUCAUUUGAAGCGGACUUUAUUAAGUAGUUUGGCAGAACCAUUCUACGAACAUAAUAAUAAUAAUAAUAAUAAUAAUAAUAAUAAUAAUAAUAAUAAUAAUAAUAAUAAUAACGUUACUACAACAAUUACUACACCCAUUGCAACGACACCAAACGUAAUAAAUAAAUCUUCAUUUACAACUCAAGACAAAGAACUAUCACAGCUCGAUUUUAAAUUACCACACGAAUAUAACAGAAUCUUUCAUACUUUCAACUCAACAAAAAAUUCUGCUCCACAAGCAAUUUUCACAUGUGAACAACAAUUCCCAUGGAAUUUCAAAUCUGCAAAUGAUUUGGCUUGUUUAACAUUCGGUUUAUCAAGAAAUGCGUUAAAAGUUUUAACUUUAUUAGAUUUAAUUCAUCCUGAUUCAAGAAAUUUCGUUUUACAAAAAUUAUUAAAUUUAGAAAAUAAUAAUAACGAUCCAGUAUUCACAGGUGAGACUAUCCCUAUUGUUCAACCAAAUGAAUACCCAUCAUCCUCAUCAUCAUCAUCAUCUUUAGCAAGUAAGAGCCAAAAAAAAUUAAUUUGGGCUUCCAUUUGGGCAAAAAGAAAAAAUGAUUCUCUAGUUUUCCUCUUUGAAAAAGUUCCUUGUGAUUACGCUGAUUUAAUGUUGAGUUUGAAUGAUUUCUCAGUAGAAAAUAUAGAAGAUGAAGCUGGAUUAAUUAAUGGAAGUAUCAGCAACAGCUCCCUUGAUGAUGAUAACGAUAACGAUAACGAUAACGACAAUAUGAAAAAAAAAUCCGUCAAAUUUGCCAAUGAAGUUCACAACAUUAAAUCGAUUAGUAAAUCAUUAGCUAAAUUAAUUGAUGAUAUCCGUAAUGGAAAACUUAAAUUAGAUUAUGAAGAUUCCUUAUUCCCAAUCCCAAUGCGAGUUUCAAACAAUAUAAACAAGAUAAGGUAUUUCACUUUAAAUCAUUUAUCACAUAAUAUACCAUGUGCAAUUUCCUCCAGUGUUUUGGAAAAUGAAUUAAAAUUGAAAAUUCAUAGUUUACCAUAUCAAGCGGGGUUAUUCAUUGUCGAUUCUCAAACAAUGAAUUUAAUAUCAUUCAACAAAUCUAUUUCUAAAAAUAUGUUCGGUUAUCAUUACGUUGAUUUAGUCGGCAAAUCCAUAGCAUCAAUUAUACCUCAUUUCAUUGAUUUUAUUCAAUAUAUGAACUCAAAAUGUGAUGCCAAUUUGAAUCUUAAUGAUCCGAAGAAUAAAGGACUCGUGCUAAGUGAACAUUUCUUCAGAAAAUUACAAUGUGAAAUGAAUGGGGAUGAAGAUGAUUUUUUUACUUCAGUUGGAAUUGAUGCAAUUCAUAGAGAUGGUGGAUAUUUGAAAAUUGAUAUCCAAUUGAGAGUCGUUAAUUGUACUACUAUUGUAUUAUGGAUCACUCAAUCAAGAGAUGUCAUUUUGAAAAAUUAUAAGACUAAUCCUUCUCAAUUAUCCAUGUUAAAGGAAAAUGAAUUAGAAUUAGUUGGUAGUAGUUGUCCCAAUUCAAAUGCUUCUUCUAAAAGAAACUCUGAUAAAAUUCCUGUAGAGACAUUGAAAGAGAAAUUAGCAAACUUCAUUAUUUCUGAUGACUUGUCCAAUACCAAUACCAAUACCACUACCAGUGGCGAUACUACUAACGAGUACAGUUUUGUUGAUAACGAAGAUGACAGAUCAAGAGCUGGUUAUCCGUUAGUAAGAGUGAAUACUGAACCUAUAAAUGAACCAUCGCCAAAUGAACAGACAAAAUUAAUGGAUCCAAUUCCCUUCCCAGUAUCUAAUUCAACUACUCAUUUGAAAUCAAACAUAUAUGUUUCAGAAAACAUAACAUCUCGUUCAUGUUCUGCGAUAUCAUCUAUUAUGAAAGAACAAAAUAAUAGGGACAGUCCAGAUGAUGUAAUUAAUACAAUCAAUGACUUAAAGGAUCCUGAAUUGAAACGUAAAUUAAAUUUAGCUAAAUUAUACAAACAAGAUAAAUCACAAUUUGUUAAAGAAGAUAAUUUCAAAUUAGAUGAAUUGUUAAUUAAAAGUAUGAUUUCUUCCUCGAGGAGUAAAGACAAUGACCAUAUUGGUGAUGAUGAUGAACCACUUACACCAUUAGACCAAACUUCGAGGAAUGAUAUUGCCACUUUUGCACGUACUCCAUCUGCAAAUAUUGGAUCACAAAAAAGAGUUAAAAAAUUCACAGAUUUUGCUAUUUUAGAAGAGAUGGGACAAGGUGCUUACGGUAAAGUUAAUCUUUGUAUUCAUAAAUUAUCUAGACAAAUUGUUGUAAUUAAGAUGAUUGUUAAGGAAAGAAUUUUAGUGGAUACUUGGGUCAGAGAUAGGAAACUUGGGACAAUUCCAUCAGAAAUUCAAAUUAUGGCAACAUUGAAUAAAACUCCUCAUGAAAAUAUUUUGAGUAUUUUGGAUUUUUUUGAAGAUGAUAAUUAUUAUUACGUGGAGAUGCCAACUCAUGGUGAAACUGGGACUAUUGAUUUAUAUGAUUUGAUCGAGUUUAAGAAGAACAUGACUGAAUUGGAAUGUAAAUUGAUGUUUAAACAAGUGGUUUCUGCUAUUAAAUGUAUGCAUGAUCAAGGAAUUGUUCAUAGAGAUAUUAAGGAUGAAAAUAUUAUUGUUGAUUCUAAAGGUUGUAUCAAAUUGAUCGAUUAUGGGUCAGCAGCCUAUACGAAGAGUGGACCGUUUGAUGUCUUUGUUGGAACAAUUGAUUAUGCAGCUCCAGAAGUUUUAAGUGGUAAUUUAUACGAUGGGAAACCACAAGAUAUUUGGGCCUUGGGAAUUUUACUUUACACGAUUGUCUUUAAAGAGAAUCCAUUUUACAAUAUUGAUGAAAUAGUUGAUGGUGAAUUGACAUUUAAUGAAUCCAUGUCCAUUGAUUCUAAAUGCAUUAUUUUGAUUAAAAAGAUGUUGAAUAGAGUCGUUGGACAAAGACCAACGAUUGAUGCUAUUUAUAAUGAUGAAUGGUUAAUUCUUUGA